GCCCAGAGCCGGAAGUGUGAUAGGGAGACACCAUCUCUCCGGAAGCCGAGCCCCGGGCACGCCCACCUUCCGGAAGCGCCGGAGGUGUACCUCAGACCGGGUUGAUUUUUUGACAGAAAAGCUGCGGAGGCGGACGGGCGGCAGGUCAGGGCGGAGGCAGAGGACCGAGUCGGCAUGGCGGAGGGCGGGACCCCCGAUGGGCGGGCCGGUCCGGGGCCCGCAGGUCCUAAUCUGAAGGAGUGGCUGAGGGAGCAAUUCUGUGACCAUCCCCUAGAGCACUGUGAAGAUACAAGACUCCAUGACGCAGCCUAUGUAGGGGACCUGCAGACCCUCAGGAACCUGCUGCAAGAGGAGAGCUACCGAAGCCGCAUCAAUGAGAAGUCUGUCUGGUGCUGUGGCUGGCUGCCCUGCACGCCACUGAGAAUUGCAGCCACUGCAGGCCAUGGGAACUGUGUGGACUUCCUCAUACGCAAAGGGGCUGAGGUGGACCUGGUGGAUGUCAAGGGGCAGACCGCCCUGUAUGUGGCUGUAGUGAAUGGGCACCUGGAGAGCACCGAGAUCCUUUUGGAAGCUGGCGCUGACCCCAAUGGCAGCCGGCACCACCGCAGCACUCCUGUCUACCAUGCCUCCCGCGUGGGUAGGGAUGACAUCCUGAAGGCUCUUAUCAGGUAUGGGGCGGAUGUGGAUGUCAACCAUCACCUGACUCCUGACACCCGGCCCCCUUUCUCAAGACGGCUUACCUCCUUGGUGGUCUGUCCUCUGUACAUCAGUGCUGCCUACCAUAACCUUCAGUGCUUCAGGCUGCUCCUGAAGGCUGGAGCAAAUCCUGACUUCAAUUGCAAUGGCCCUGUCAACACACAGGAAUUCUACAGGGGCUCCCCUGGGUGUGUCAUGGAUGCGGUCCUGCGCCAUGGCUGUGAGGCAGCCUUCGUGAGCCUGCUGGUAGAGUUUGGAGCCAACCUGAACCUGGUGAAGUGGGAAUCGUUGGGCCCAGAGGCAAGAGGCAGAAGAAAGAUGGAUCCUGAGGCCUUGCGGGUUUUUAAAGAGGCCAGAAGUAUUCCCAGGACCUUGCUGAGCUUGUGCCGCGUGGCCGUGAGAAGAGCUCUGGGCAAAUACCGCCUACAUCUGGUUCCCUUGCUGCCACUGCCAGAGCCCAUCAAGAAGUUUCUGCUUUAUGAGUAGACCUCAGCUGCAGCCCGGACUGCAGAGAGAGAGCCAGGCAUCUGCAGUGAAAGUUGACACAGUCCUGGUGUCCUGUGCUGCCAACUUGUUCCUUGCCUGUCAGUGAGGAAGAAAUGGCCCUGGUCUCUUGGCUUGUGAUUCCAUCUCAGGUGCUUGGGCCAUCGAACGUUCCUUGAGUUAUUGUCAGCUGAGAGGCGCAUACAAACUUCAUUUUGUUCUUCAGUAUAUCUGUUUUGGAUUUUUAUCGGGACAUAUUAGUGAAAUGAGCUGUGAGGUGUGUGCCGUGUGGGUUGAGCCUGUUAGUCUGGUGAUAGCCCCAAUGGGGAAAGUUUGUAUUUUCCAGAGCUAUGUUCCAGUUCUGUUCCUACUUUGCAAUUUAUUGUUCUUAUAAGGCUUGCUAUGCAAACAGAGAGAGAGUUUUGUUAAGAAAACAUGUGGGAGGCCGGGCAUAGUACUCGGGAGGCAGAGGCAGGAGGAUCGCUGUGAGCUUGAGGCCAGCCUGGUCUACAAAGCAAGUCUAGGACAGUCAAGGCUACACAGAGAAACCCUGUCUUGAAAAAACCAAAAGAAAAAAAAAAAA